AUGUUUACAGCCUCCUUCUCUGGAGAAUUCUCCCUGCUAAGGAAGUCCACGGCACCAGGUUGGUGCACCAUGGUCGUCCGCUAUUGUAUCGCUUCAAUGCAUUUUUUGCAAGUGUGGUCACUAACCAUCUGUGCUGCCGGAACCUACCUGCAAGGUGCUCAUUUCGUCGUCUGGACUUGCAUUACCGACCACUAUGUGCAGCUUCUAACCGCCAACAUCCUGAUCUCAUACGCUCUCUCCACAUCCCUUUAUCUCUAUAGUUUCAGUGUGGACACGAAAUAUCCCAACCGGGAUUUUCGCGAGUUAGCUGCCGGAGGUACCACGGGGAAUGUGAUCUAUGAUUUCUACAUUGGCCGCGAGCUGAACCCCCGCGUCACUUUGCCAUUUUUCGGAGAAAUCGACAUCAAGACCUGGUGUGAAGUCUGUCCAGGUUUGACCGGGUGGAUCCUGCUGGAUUUGGCCUUCAUCACCCAGCAAUACCGCAAUUACGGCUACAUCUCCGACAGCAUUGUCUUCACGACGGCUGUCCAGGCCUACUAUGUGCUCAGCAGCCAAUACAAUGAAUCCAGCACCCUGACCAUGAUGGACAUCACCACUGAUGGCAUGGGCUUUAUGCUCUCCUUCGGCGAUCUCGUCUGGGUUCCGUUCCUGUACUCCACCCAGUGCCGCUACCUCGCCGCCUACCCUGUGCAUCUGGGCUGGACGCGGAUCGCGGCCGUGAGUGCCAUCUUUGUUCUCGGCAUCUAUAUCUUCAAGGCCGCAAAUAACCAGAAGCACACGUUCCGGACCCAGCCUAACCACCCCGCCGUGGCUAAACUCUCCUACGUGCAGACUAAACGGGGCACGCGGCUCCUCACGGCUGGAUGGUGGGGGAUAGCUAGACAUAUCAACUACUUUGGAGACUGGCUUCAGGCGCUCCCGUUCAGCCUGCCGACGGGACUCGCGGGGUACAUGAUUCUCCCGGCGGGGAGCGUCGUGGCGAGUGCCUCCCAGGCUGCCGUUCCGAUGUUAGAUGGCCGGGUGGCGGUGCAAGGGCCGGCUACUGGCUGGGGAAUGAUAUUCACAUACUUCUAUGUGCUUUACUUUGGAAUCUUGUUGAUCCACCGUGAACGUCGAGACGAUGCUAUGUGCGCGAAAAAGUAUGGGGACGACUGGAAGGGGUACAAGCGGACGGUCAGAUGGAGAAUCGUGCCGUGGAUUUAUUGA